AUGAGUACCCAUAUCCACGGCCUCAAGCCCAACGAUGUUUUGUCUUUCAAGGGUCCUCUCCCCAAGUACCAAUGGACUCCUAAUGCCCACAAGGAGAUUGCUCUCCUUGGUGGUGGUACUGGUAUCACUCCUUUGUACCAACUUUUGCAAGCUAUCCACAAGGAUCCCAAUGACAAGACUAAGGUCAAUCUGUUCUAUGCCAAUGUUACUAAGGAAGAUGUCUUGAUCCGUGACGAGAUUGAGGCUCUUAUCAAGGACCGUCCCGAUCAAUUCAAGGUCACCUACUUCUUGGACAAGCCUCCUAGUGGAUGGACCGGUGAGACUGGUUACAUUUCUAAGGAAUUCCUUUCUAAGAACCUCCCCAAGCCUGACUCCGAGAACAUCAAGAUCUUCGUCUGUGGUCCUCCUCCAUUCUACAAUGCUCUCUCUGGCCCCAAGGUCUCUCCCCAAGACCAAGGUGAGUUGACUGGUGCUUUGAAGGAGCUCGGCUACAACAAGGACCAGGUUUACAAGUUCUAA